GAUAAUAUAAACGUUUUUUUGAAAGCUUGUGAACAGAUUGGAUUGAAAGAAGCCCAGCUUUUCCAUCCCGGGGAUCUACAGGAUUUAUCAAAUCGAGUCACUGUCAAGCGAGAAGAGACUGAUAGGAGAGUGAAAAAUGUUUUGAUAACUUUGUACUGGCUGGGAAGAAAAGCACAAAGUAACCCCUACUAUAAUGGUCCCUAUCUUAAUUUGAAAGCAUUUGAGAAUCUUUUAGGGCAAGCUCUGACUAAGGCACUUGAAGAGUCCAGCUUCCUGAAGAGGAGUGGCAGAGACAGUGGUUACGGUGAUAUCUGGUGCGCUGAGCGUGGAGAAUUUCUUGCUCCUCCAGGCAACUAUAAGAGAGAAGAUUCAUUUGAAAGCUUGGACUCUUUGGGGUCUAGGUCAUUCACAAGCUGCUCCUCUGAUAUCACGUUGAGGGGGGCACGUGAAGGUCUCCUAGCUGUGUGUUCAACCGCUUCCUGUAGCCUCCUCUCUGUUACUACUGUAGACUCCUGCCAGGCACGGUGGAGGGGACGAGACUGCCUUUGGCUCAGGUUUACCCUGCAGGUGUGCUCCUGCCUAGAGCCCACAGCUCCCAGGUCCUCAGGUUGUGAAAGUGACACAGAUUCUGAAUUUACAUUCAAAAUGCAGGACCAUAAUAAAGAUGAUAUGUCAUAUCGAAGGAUUUCGGCUAUUGAACCAAAGUCCGCUUUACCAUUUAAUCGCUUUUUACCCAACAAGGGUAGACAGCCAUCCUAUGUGCCGGCGCCCUUAAGGAAGAAAAAGCUGGACAAAAAUGAGGAUAACAGAAGAAGCUGGACAAGCCCAGUCUGCAUAGAAGCCGAUGGAACAUUUCCAAGCAGAGCAAAGCAUGAUUUUUCGAAUCCAGAUUCCUAUCAGAAGGAGGUGUAUGGUUCUGAAAGUGGAUCAGACUCGGAGGAGGAACGGAGGUUGCCGGAUAUAGUUUUGGAUGACUUAGCCAACCGUAGAUUCCAAAUGAAAAAGAGGCCCGAGGGUUUCAUCUCGAAAAGCAUCUCUCCUAAGUCUUGUGCACCAGUCUUUUCUCCUGCUGACCCAUUAGCCACUGAGCUAUACAGAAUGACGAGUAACGAGAGGAGAACUUGGGGCACAAACGUGGAGAACUGGCCAACAGUACAAGAAACUUCAGACUCCUCUUGUUAUUUGGAAGAGGCAGAAGAAAAGACAAGCAUACCCAACACUGUAAGGGAUGAUCUUUAUGUGCGAAAGCUAAGCCCCAUCAUGCCAAGCCCAGGGAAUGCUUUUGAUCAGUUUCUUCCCAAAUGCUGGAUCCCAGAAGAUGUGAACUGGAAGCGAAUAAAAAGGGAAACUUAUAAACCAUGGUAUAAAGAAUUUCAGGGCUUCAGAGGGAAUUCAGACUCUGACGAUGAGGAUUCAGGCUCUGACAGAAGCUCCGCCAUUUUUAGUAGAAUACAAAAAGCAGAUCAUAGGCUAGACAGCAACUGUCAAAGAUGUUCACUCUUGCUGGAACUGGCUAAGAAAUGGACCAGAAACUCCCGGGACACCCAUGCAGCCAGGAGAACUAGUGGUGCUUCAGAUGAGCCCAGUCAGUUUUUAUUACUUCAGGCCCUCCAGACAUAUUCUGAUGACAUCUUGUCUUCUGAAACACAUAUCAAAAUUGAUCCCACUGCUGGCCCAAGGCUCAUAACACGCAGAAAGAAUCUCUCUUAUACACCAGGAUAUAGACCAGAUGACCUGGAGAUGCCAGCCCUGGAUCCUGACUUAGAGAAUGAUGAUUUCUUUGUCAGAAAGACUGGGGCUUUCCAUGCAAACCCAUGUGUUCUUCGGGCUUUCGAAGACUUAAGAAGGCUUUCUGGGCAAGACGAUCCUGUAGAGCAAGAUAUAAUACUGCAGUGUAGGGAAGGUGAACUUGUACUUCCAGACCUAGAAAAAGAUGAUAUGAUUGUUCGCCGCAUUCCAGCACAGAAGAAAGAGGUGCCUCUGUCGGGAGCCCCAGAUAGAUACCAGCCAGUCCCUUUCCCCGAACCCUGGACUCUUCCUCCGGAAAUUCAAGCAAAAUUUCUCUGUGUACUUGAAAGGACAUGCCCACCUAAAGAAAAAAGUAAUAGCUGUAGAGUGUUAGUUCCUUCCUGGAGGCAGAAGAAAGAUGACAUGUUGGCUCGUAAGAUCCAGUCUUGGAAGCUGGGAACUACUGUGCCUCCAGUCAGGUUCACCCCUGGUCCCUGCAGCGAGGCCGACUUACAGAAGUGGGAGUCCAUCCGGGAGGCCAGCAGACUUAGGCACAGGAAGCGGCUGAUGGUGGAGAGACUCUUUCAAAAGAUUUAUGGUGAGAAUGGGAGCAAGUCCAUGAGUGAUGUCAGCGCAGAGGAUGCUCAGAACUUGCGUCAGCUGCGUUACGAGGAGAUGCAGAAAAUAAAGUCACAGUUAAAAGAACAAGAUCAGAAAUGGCAGGAUGACCUUGCAAAAUGGAAAGAUCGUCGGAAAAGCUACACUUCAGAUUUGCAGAAGAAAAAAGAAGAGAGGGAAGAGAUUGAGAAGCAGUCGCUUGAGAAGUCUGAGAGAAGAUCUAAGACAUUUAACGAAAUGCUGCAGGACAGGGAAUCCCCAAAUCAGAUGUCUACAGUGACAUCGAGGAGGAAACUGUAUUCUUCUGAUGAUGGAGUGAAUGAAGAAAAACUUCCCCCUAUGCUGACUAUGUCCGAAGUAAGUUCCCAGAGUGAGAGAGUAGAAGAGAAGGGAACCACUUAUCCGACGGAAAUUCCUAAGCAAGAUUCUACAGCUUUUGCAAAAAGGGAGGCUACUAUCACAGCUGAAAUUCAGCUUCCUUCGAAAAGCCCCGUGGAAGAACAACGCCCAGCCUCUUUGUCUUCUCGGCAUUCACGACAAAUGGAGUCAACUCGAGUUUCAGCUGCUCUCCCUAGAAGUUACCAGAAAACUGAUGCGGCCAGGUUAACGUCUGUGGUCACACCAAGACCUUUUGGAUCUCAGUCAAGGGGAAUCUCAUCACUCCCGAGAUCCUACACGAUGGAUGAUUCUUGGAAGUAUAAUGGAGACGUAGAAGAAAUUAAGAGAACCCAAAGCAGUUCGGUCAGCAUCUCUGUGCAAAGACCUGACACGAGCCAGCUUGCGUCCAGGUCAUCCAGCGAAACAGAGGCAUCAGCACCCAGAGAAAGUGUGAUGAGGCUGCUCUCUCCUACACCCACCUUCUCAUCUCCUUCCCAGGGCCAGGCUGCCACUUCGAAAGACACGUUAUCUUCAACAUCUAGCCCUGAUUUAACGUCUGAGCUUGGAGAAGGGAGAAGCUCACCACAGACAGAGGUCUCAAGAUCACAGGAUCAGUUCAGUGAUAUGAGAAUCAGCAUAAACCAGACGCCUGGGAACAGCCUUGACUUUGGAUUUACAGUAAAAUGGGAUUUUUCCAGGAUCUUCGUAGCAUCAGUCGAACCAGGUAGCCCAGCAGAAUUUUCUCAGCUACAGGUAGAUGAUGAAAUUAUUGCUAUCAACAACACUAAGUUUUCACAUAAGGACACAAAAGAGUGGGAGGAAACCAUGGCUAAUGCUCAGGAAACUGGAAACCUAGUAAUGGAUAUCAGGCGCUAUGGAAAGUCUGACUGGGGCAAAGACCAGCCUUCCCUGCCAUUUACACGGCAUAAAACCCUCAAUCUCACCAGUAUGGCUACCAAAAUUAUAGGUUCACCUGAAACAAAGUGGAUUGAUGCAACUUCUGGAAUUUACAGCUCAGACAAAUCUUCAAAUCUAUCAAUAACAGCUGAUUUCUCAGAAAGCCUUCAGAAUUCUAAUACUGAAUCAAAGGAAAUUAAUGGAAUUCGUGAUGAAAGCAAUACUUUUGAAUCAAAAGCCUCUGAACCUAUUUCUUUGAAAAACUUAAAAAGGCGAUCACAAUUUUUUGAACAAGGAAGUUCCGAUUCUGUGGUGCCUGAUCUUCCAGUCCCGACCAUCAGUGCCCCGAGUCGCUGGACGUGGGAUCAGGAAGGGGAGCGGAAGCGGCAGGAGAGGUGGCAGAAAGAGCAGGACCGCCUGCUGCAGGAAAAAUAUCAACGUGAACAGGAGAAGCUAAGGGAAGAGUGGCAGAGGGCUAAGCAGGAGGCUGAGAGAGAGAAUUCCAAGUACUUGAAUGAGGAGCUAAUGGUCCUAAACUCAAACAGCAUUUCUCUGACCACACGGGAGCCUGCUGUGGCCACCCGGGGCGAAGAGUCCAAGGCACCUGACAGCGAAGGAACCCCGGCAGAGGAGGAAACGAGGCAGCAGCAGCAGCAAGAGAAAGACCAGGAGCAGAAGCGGCGCCAGGCAGAGGCAGAGGCAGACGAGCAGAAGCGCCAGGCGGAGAGAGAGAGGGAAACUUCUAUCCAAAUAUACCAGUACAGAAGGCCGGUUGAUUCCUAUGACAUACCAAAGAGAGAAGAAGAAUCUUCAGGUUUGCUUCCUAGUGACAGGAAUAAAUCCAAAUCCACUACUGAACUGGAUGAUUACCCCACAAACAAAAAUGGAAGCAAUAGAUAUCUAGACCGAACUGGGAGCAGUAGCUCAUCGCAGAAAAGCUCCAAGAAGGAACAAGUCCCAUCAGGAGCGGAGUUGGAGAGACAGCAAAUCCUUCAAGAAAUGAGGAAGAGAACGUCCCUUUAUGAUGACAACAGCUGGAUCCGACAGCGCAGUUCCAGUGUCAAUAAAGAGCCUAUUUGUCUGCCUGGGAUUAUGAGAAGAGGUGAAUCUCUAGAUAACCUGGAUUCCCCGAGAGCCAGUUCUUGGCGACAGCCCCCUUGGCUCAACCAGCCUUCAGGAGUCUAUGCCACUUCCUCUGUCCAAGACUUCAGUCGCCCCCCACCUCAGCUGCUGUCCACUUCGAACCGUGCCUACAUGCGGAACCCCUCCUCCGGCGUACCCCCUCCCUCAGCGGGUUCCGGGAAGACCACCACCCCGUCCCCCAUACUGCGCAGCCAUUCCCCUGCGGUUCCGCAGCCCGGCUGCCAGCCACGCAACAGGUCGGUCAGUGGGAAGCGCAUGUGCUCCUAUUGUCAUAACAUUCUGGGCAAAGGAGCCGCCAUGAUCAUCGAGUCCCUGGGUCUUUGUUAUCAUUUGCAUUGUUUUAAGUGUGUGGCCUGUGAUCGUGACCUCGGAGGCUCUUCCUCAGGAGCCGAAGUCAGAAUCCGAAACAACCAACUGUAUUGCAACGACUGCUAUCUCAGAUUCAAAUCUGGACGGCCAACCGCCAUGUGAUGUAAGCCUCCACACGAAAGCACUGUUGCAGAUAGAAGAAGAGGUGGUUGCUGCUGGUAUAGAUCUAUAAAUACACGUUGUAUGUCCUUUUGCUCUCUUUUUUAAAAAGAAUAAUACUUUUUCUGGCCUCUUUAGAUUACAUCAGAGCAUUAUAGUCUUGGUAGAACCUGUAUUUUUGUUGUUUAUUUAUAAGAAGGUAAUUAUGUGUGGGGAAAAGUGCAGUAUUUCCUUUUUGAAUUCAGCAUUAUAAAAGCACAGGGGAAAAAUAAGAACUUCGAAAUAUUUUUUUGAUGCUGAUAAUGAUCUAGUUUGACUUUCUAAUGGUGUUUUGAGGAGGGUUAUUUUAUUGUUUUUUUUUUUUAAAGUUUUGGAAACAUUAUUUGAAAUAGUUAAUAUAAAUAUGUAAUUGCAUUUGCUCUGUUUAUUAUAAUGUAUUCUAAAUUAAUGCAGAACAAUACGGAAAAUUUCACUAAAAUCCACCCCCAAAUUUGCUUUCUGUAUCUUUCUUUUCAUUUAUGUAAUAUUAUUAAAUUUUUUUUUAGCUUAUAUGACAUUUUAUUUGCUUGAUGAGGGGAGCUCUAUUUUCUUCACCAGAAUUGUCACUAAGCAAUUCCCAGUAGAAAUUGCUUCUUUUCAUUCAUGGAAAAUCAUCAUGGUUUGUAUGCCAGAAGUUUUCUCCAGAAACUAGUGAGCCUUUCUGUUCAACUGCAUUUGUAAAUAAACUUGCUGAUGCAUUUAAA